AUGGUCUACUGCGGCAAAGCCUCUCAGGGCUGUCAAAACUGCCGAACCCGUCGCAUUAAGUGCGAUAAAGUGAAACCCGAAUGUUCACAAUGCAUCCGCGUGGGCAAGAAAUGCCCCGGGUAUCGAGACCAACUUUCGCUCAUGUUCCGCGAUGAAAGCACCAAGGUCAUCAAAAAAGCACACGCUCAGUGGGGAGUUACCGAUGGUGCUGAGAAUGGUGCUGAGCGCGCAUCGGCCUCGACAGCUCCGUCACCGCCUGCUUCUUCGCCCUCUUACAGCCGGAAGGGCUCGCCGAACAGCAAGAGGUCUGCAUCAAGAUCAGGAGCCGCGAACGUACCUUCGCCAGCCUCGAGCUCGGCAUCCUUUUCCGCCUCGCCUUCGUCAACGUACCGUUCUGCGGGCUCUUCAUCACCACCAACGCUCCCGGCUGUCAAGGAAGAACACAAUCGCGAGUCCAGCCCUCCGACACUCCAGAUAGGAUCUACCCUCGAGGAACAGGGCGUGCAGUUCUACGUCAACAGGUAUUUGAUAGGGCAUCCUGAUGAACCCAAAAACGGCCAAGACUUGAACACAGAGGGUUGGAUAUGGCAUCCAGCAGUACAGGACGUCAUGUGCGCCGUAGGCCUUGCUGGCCUGCACAACCUGACUGGCAAUGCCAAAAUGAUGUCGACUGCGCGAGAGAAGUAUGGUUCAGCACUACGACAUACCGGGAAGCUGAUCCGGCCUCCCCAUACACCGAGCAUAGAUGUGACAAUGAGGGCCGUGGUGGCCCUCGCCAUGUUUGAGUUCAUACCUCUACACGUUGCUGGCAUGCCCAUGCCACCGGACUUUUACGACUGGGUUUCUUAUGGUUCGCAACUCCAGCUGCCCAUAGACCGACCGUCGACCGACCUAGCGGUUCUGAUCGCUCGAUUUGUCGAAACCUCGUCAAUUAUUCACAACCAUGUCAUCAGCGACGGAAAACCAAAGACGGCCAGCGUUAUUCAGCAGCUUCUGGAUCUUGAUCAAGAUUUGGCCUCGUGGGAGAAUGGACUGGAAGGAGAUUGGAUUUACCGCACCAUUCACGCCACCCAUCUCCCUCCUAAGGCAGUGUUCCAGUGCGAAUACCACAAAUACCACGACGUCUGGACUGCUCGAAUCUGGAAUUACUACCGAUGGUGCCGGAUUCUGGUCAACCAGAAUUUGCUGGAUCUGACCAAUAAGAAUCCUGUGUCCAGUUUGUCGCUGGUAUCAGCGGCUGCGCGGGACGAGUUUCUGAACGUGAUCCGACAUUUGGCGAGGGAUAUACUUAUUAGUGCACCAACACAUUGGCGACACCCGGCCCUAGACGGACCGGCUCAGAUAACAGUGGAAAGUCCCGGCGGAGGAGGAGCUGGAUCAGCAGGACUACCGGCAUUGCUAUUCCACCUCAAAGUGGCGGGUUGCGCUCCUGGAGUGCCCAAAGACUACUGGGAAUGGGCAUUGGGAAUCAUCCAAACAAUUUGGGGCGACAUGGGAAUGUUGCACGCACGAUCGAUGAUGGAAGCCAUGCGAGCGCAUGAAGACACGGUGCUGAGAACUGGUGCAGCUGGGAUAUUGGCAGAUGAUUGGUAG